UCAUCCUAUUUACUUUUUCUAUCGGCAGUUAUUUGCUGAGCACCUACUGUGUGCCAGGCACUGAGCCAGGUGCCCUCAAUACAAUGGUAAACAGGCAGGAGCAGUUCCUGGGCUCUUGGAACCUAAAUUUCAUGGGAGAUGGGGGAGAAACAAAGGCCUAAGCACUUACUGGAAGUGUCAAGUCUGUCCUGGUGGGAGGAGCAUGGAGUGCUACAGGGUCACAUAGCAAGGCCUGUGACCUGGUCUGAGAGUUAGGAAAGGUUUUCCAGAGGGAAGCAUGACUCAAGCUGAGACCUGAAGUUUCAAAGAUCUGCAUUAACCUAGAGGAAGAGGAUGUGGAAGGUGCUAUCUUUAGGGGGAAAGGCAUGUUCAAAGGCCUGGAGCAAGAGAGAACACCGUGUUUUCUUGAAAUGUGGGGAAGCCAUGGGAAGAGAGAAGCCUGGAGAGGUAGGCAGGGGCCAGCUCAUAAAGGGCCUUAAGGGUCUUGUUGAGGAGGCCUGGACGUUAGCCCAGUACAAGGGAAAGCUCCUGCUCAGUUACAGGCGGAGAGAAGCAUGGUGAUUUCUAUUUUGGAGAGAUUCCUGCAGCUGCAGUGAGGAGACUGAAUGGGAGGGGCAGGCUUGGUGUCUCCUGCUGAUUCCCAAGUGCCUCUGGGCUUCCCAGCGGAGCUGUCCAUGAUAUAGGUAACCUACUCGAUGUGUGGGUCCGGAGCUCAGAAGAGAGGAGCAGGCCGGAAAUACGAGCUCGCCGUGUCUCUGCUAGCAGAGGGUCCUGGCCCGCUGCCGGCAUCAGCUUGUCCCACAGUCAUAGAAGCUGAGAACAUGGGCGCUAUCACGGGGAAGAGGAGGGACUGGGGCAGAAUCUGAGGAGCAGCCCCAGGAGGGCAAGCAGGGAAGCCCAGCCUGCAAACAAUCGGGGGAAAAGAAGCCCCUUUUGGAGAAUCGCAGACCCCUUUGAGCAUCCAGUGAAAGCUGUGGGUCCUCUCUCAAAAAACACAAAGCAAAAAAGGGGAUCCAAAGCUCAUGAGCCCCAGAGAGUGAUCUGUGAACGCAGAUGAACAGCCCCUGGCCUAAGGCUUGUCUCUGCCGCUCUGAGCUCCUCCUGCUUUCCCUGCUUGUCUGGUUUGGCGCCCCCCCUGCUCCCUCCCCUCCGUGUUUCCUGCCAGGCACGUUCAUUUUCCCCACCAGCACCUUCCCGGUCAGGUAUGGAGAACGACAUUUGCCAAGGGCUUGGGGAUUCUCAUAUCCUGGUGGCCCCGAACCACCAGAAAGGAAACGCCGCAUGUUUGCAGCUGUUUCACACCAGGCCCCACGGGGCCGCGCCGUCUCCCCUCUGUGCGGCUGGGGGCCGAGGGGCGGACGUUCCCACUUCUGAGAUGGAACUGGGGAGACUGAAGCAGAAAAUAGGACGCAGCCUCCUCCGGGCUCCAGCUUUAAUUUGACUCAAAUGCAUCAAACGUACGUUUUCCGGAGCCUCUUCAUGAUGCAAAGCAGAGUGGAUUCCAGGUGGGGGAGCCACCCGGGCAAGGCACGAGGUAGGCCACCCUGAGCGGAGAAAGGGCUUCAGUGUAGUUCAAGAACUGAGUGUGUGGGAAGGUGUGGUGGGGAGACUGAGGCUAGUGGGUGUCUGGAGCCCAAUACAGGCAGUCCUAAAUGCAAAUGGGUGAGGGAUAUGCACGGUCCUGUAAGGCAAGGUUUUUGAAGCGGGCGUGACCACGUCAGAGCCGAGCUGAAGGUUUGCAGGAGCCCAGAUGGAUUUGUACAAUUAUGAAGCUCAUUCAUUACCUUACAUGAAUUGAGAUGCUCCGUGCGGGCUCGGAGCUGUGAUACAAGAGAUGCACAGAUAACUGAGGUGCGAUCGCUGCCUUCUGAGGGUUGGUGGCCGGGCUGGGGACGCAGAAACCCUGCGUGCUGAGUAGAUGGGAGGAAGCUCAGGCCCUCAGCACACCCCACCUGACUUCCACCCACUCUGCACAGGAAGCUUUCCCGCAGUUAGAGGAGAAAGACUUGUUCUCUCCCUGACGUUUCCAGGACAAAGAGCCUUUCCCAGCUGCUGCCACUGUGACCAGAGCACGAGGGCUGGAUUCACAUUCUGCAGCCUGAGAGUUCCCCAACCUGGACCCUGCUGCUAUCCUGGACGACCCCAUGGAGUGCAGCAGAGGGGAGCGGCUCUCCAUCACCCUGGCCAAGAACCGCAUCAACCGCGCUCCCGAGAGGCUGGGCAAGGCCAAGGUCGAGGUGGACAUCUUCGAGCUUCUCAGAGACAGCGAGUACGAGACUGCAGAAACCAUGUGCCAGAUCCUCCCCAAGGGGGUGGUCGCGGUCCUGGGACCUUCGUCCAGCCCAGCCUCCAGCUCCAUCAUCAGCAACAUCUGUGGGGAGAAGGAGGUCCCUCAUUUCAAAGUGGCCCCAGAGGAGUUUGUCAAGUUCCAGUUCCAGAGAUUCACAACCCUGAACCUCCACCCCAGCAACACCGACAUCAGCGUGGCUGUGGCUGGGAUCCUGAACUUCUUCAACUGCACCACCGCCUGCCUCAUCUGUGCCAAAGCAGAAUGCCUUUUAAACCUAGAGAAGCUGCUCCGGCAAUUCCUUAUCUCCAAGGACACACUCUCCGUCCGGAUGCUGGAUGACACCCGGGACCCCACCCCACUCCUCAAGGAGAUCCGGGACGACAAGACAGCCACCAUCAUCAUCCACGCCAACGCCUCCAUGUCCCACACCAUCCUCCUGAAGGCAGCUGAACUUGGGAUGGUGUCAGCCUAUUACACAUACAUCUUCACUAAUCUGGAGUUCUCGCUCCAGAGAAUGGACAGCCUUGUGGACGAUCGUGUCAACAUCCUGGGAUUUUCCAUUUUCAACCAAUCCCAUGCUUUCUUCCAAGAGUUUUCCCAGAGCCUCAACCAGUCUUGGCAGGAGAACUGUGACCAUGCGCCCUUCACCGGGCCUGCGCUCUCCUCCGCCCUGCUGUUCGAUGCCGUCUACGCGGUGGUGACCGCAGUGCAGGAGCUGAACCGGAGCCAGGAGAUCGGCGUGAAGCCCCUGUCCUGUGGCUCGGCCCAGAUCUGGCAGCACGGCACCAGCCUCAUGAACUACCUGCGCAUGGUAGAAUUGGAAGGUCUCACCGGCCACAUUGAAUUCAACAGCAAAGGCCAGAGGUCCAACUAUGCCUUGAAAAUCUUGCAGUUCACGAGGAACGGUUUUCGGCAGAUCGGCCAGUGGCACGUGGCAGAGGGCCUCAGCAUGGACAGCCGCCUGUACGCCUCUAACAUCUCCGACAGCCUCUUCAACACCACCCUGGUCGUCACCACCAUCCUGGAAAACCCGUACUUAAUGCUGAAGGGGAACCACCAGGAGAUGGAAGGCAAUGACCGCUACGAGGGCUUCUGUGUGGACAUGCUCAAGGAGCUGGCCGAGAUCCUCCGGUUCAACUACAAGAUCCGCCUGGUCGGGGAUGGCGUGUAUGGCGUUCCCGAGGCCAACGGCACCUGGACGGGAAUGGUCGGGGAGCUGAUCGCUAGGAAAGCAGAUCUGGCUGUGGCAGGCCUCACUAUUACAGCUGAACGUGAGAAGGUGAUUGAUUUCUCUAAGCCAUUCAUGACUCUGGGAAUUAGCAUUCUUUACCGCGUUCAUAUGGGACGCAAACCCGGAUAUUUCUCCUUUCUGGACCCGUUUUCUCCCGGCGUCUGGCUCUUCAUGCUUCUAGCCUAUCUGGCUGUCAGCUGUGUCCUCUUCCUUGUGGCUCGGCUGACGCCCUACGAGUGGUACAGCCCACACCCGUGUGCCCAGGGCCGCUGCAACCUGCUGGUGAACCAGUACUCCCUGGGCAACAGCCUCUGGUUUCCGGUCGGGGGCUUCAUGCAGCAGGGCUCCACCAUCGCCCCUCGCGCCCUGUCCACCCGCUGCGUCAGCGGCGUCUGGUGGGCUUUCACGCUGAUCAUCAUCUCAUCCUACACCGCCAACCUGGCAGCAUUCCUGACCGUGCAGCGCAUGGAUGUGCCCAUUGAGUCAGUGGAUGACCUGGCUGACCAGACCGCCAUUGAGUAUGGCACAAUUCACGGAGGCUCCAGCAUGACCUUCUUCCAAAAUUCCCGCUACCAGACCUACCAACGCAUGUGGAAUUACAUGUAUUCCAAGCAGCCGAGUGUGUUUGUGAAGAGUACAGAGGAGGGAAUCGCCAGGGUGUUGAAUUCCAACUAUGCCUUCCUGCUGGAGUCCACCAUGAAUGAGUACUAUCGGCAGCGAAACUGCAACCUCACUCAGAUUGGGGGCCUGCUGGACACCAAGGGCUAUGGGAUUGGCAUGCCAGUCGGCUCGGUUUUCCGGGACGAGUUUGACCUGGCCAUUCUCCAGCUGCAGGAGAACAACCGCCUGGAAAUCCUGAAGCGCAAAUGGUGGGAAGGGGGGAAGUGCCCCAAGGAGGAGGAUCACAGAGCUAAAGGCCUGGGAAUGGAGAAUAUUGGUGGAAUCUUUGUGGUUCUUAUUUGUGGCUUAAUCGUGGCCAUUUUUAUGGCUAUGUUGGAGUUUUUGUGGACUCUCAGACACUCAGAAGCAACUGAGGUGUCCGUCUGCCAGGAGAUGGUGUCCGAGCUGCGCAGCAUCAUCCUGUGUCAGGACAGUAUGCACCCCCGCCGGCGGCGCUCUGGGGCCCCUCAGCCCCGGCCCCCCACCGCGGAGGAGCGGCGGCCGCGGGGCACGGCGACGCUCAGCAACGGCAAGCUGUGCGGCGCGGGCGAGCCGGACCAGCUGGCGCAGAGACUGGCCCAGGAGGCCGCCCUGGUGGCGCGCGGCUGCACGCACAUCCGCGUGUGCCCCGAGUGCCGCCGCUUCCAGGGCCUGCGGGCGCGGCCGUCGCCGGCCCGCAGCGAGGAGAGCCUGGACUGGGAGAAGACCACCAACAGCAGCGAGCCCGAGUAGCCCCGGCGGCGGCAGGACGCGGGAGGCCCGGCGGGGAGCGGGAGGGGCUGGGCCGGCGCCGCCGUCCGUGCGCGCCCGGGCUUGCGCAGCGUCAACACUUCUCUCCGGAUUUGGGAUCCAGUCACUGUACAAAAAGAUCAAAGAGCCUGACGCCCCAGCCGGAGACAGCGCCCGGUCGGGGAGCGGGGUCCGCCCAGAGACGUUGCACCCAAGAGGCAAAGGAUUCGCCCUCUCGUGGGCACAAGGACCCAUCUUCUCCCAGGGGGCCUUUUCCUCUCGCCAAAAUAACACAGAGUCUGGGGUGGGGGGGUCCCUGCCCAGGCAGAUCCAAUGAAUUGGUGGAAUCAUCAGUUGAAUUUCCCCCUAGGAAGGGGCCGUUGUACCCUCGGUCUAGUUCUUACAGGAAAAAAAAAAUUAAACUCAACAGGGAAGUUUUUCUUUUCUGGAUUUGUAUAUGUUUGUUAGUGUUCUUCUCCCCUUCUCCCCCCGCCCCACUCCCUUUUUCUUUGUCAGCUUCUCAGUUCUGAUCAUUUGCUCUGUGGUUUUGGAGGGGAAGGCUGGGUUAGGGAAUAGAAGUCUAAAUAAUCUCUGUUCCUUUUUCCAGAAUUUUAGGAUAUGGAGGAUUUAGGAUAUGCAUUUAGGAUAUGCAUCAGAUUUCAGGUGCUGACCUCUCCUUUCUGUAUGGUAAUUGAUGGCCUGCCAGAGCUUAGGAAAAGGGUCUUAGGAAGAAUCAGGUGGAGAGUCUCAAAUAAAAGUCCAUUAAAGUACUUUUGAAAUGCCAAAAAGCAAUUAACUCAUAGUUUACUCAGAGAAAUGCCUGAGAUUUCAAGUUAAUCUGUAUUUUCUUUCUCUUUAUUUAUUUAUUUUUUUUUGACUUUCACUAUUAAUGGGUUUGAUUUGAUCUUUUGUGACUGUGGUCUCUGAAGAAAGACAGGCGAGGAGAACAGAAUGCACAAAUUAUCCCGGGCUUUGUUUAAGGAGCAGAAAGGGUAAAUAUAAUUUUCCCAUACCAUGGCCUUGACUUCUGUUGGGAUGUGCUGUUCAAGGAGGAGGGACAGGGCCACCCUGUUGGUAUGGUGCGUAACUUUGUCAACUGCAUCUUUUUUUAACCAAAUUUAGUGGCUGCCUAUGACCAGACCCCCAAGGCUAUAAUGGAUUGGGUAGUUUUUUGCUACUUAAAUGUGAGAUCUAGGUGUGAGAGUGUGUGUGUGCACGCACGUGUGUUUGUGUGUGUGUGUGUGUGUGUAUUCAUUAAGUGGAAAGACCUUAAGUAAUCAAGAAUUUGCCAGGUUCCUGGGAGAGGGGUGAAGUCUCUUAGCCUAGUACGCAGGCCUGGGAACCAGGAACUCUUGACUCCUAACCUCAGCUUGGGCAGUUGCCUCCCUUUGUGUGACUUUAGGUUAAGCAUUUAACUUCUCUUCCAUCCUCAGAAUGGGAGUUACUGAUGCUUUCCAGCUUAUCAGAUGACUGCUAGUUACUGUUCUACGAGUGAGAAGUUUGCAAGGUCCAGAGCACACAGCUGAUGGCAGGGGCGAGAAUUCCCAGCAGCUGCUUGGCCUUUGCCUGGCUUCACUACGUGAGAGUUUCACACGGAGAGUUUUCGUUUGCUGGUGGAAAACAAAUUCUAUGCAAUUUCUGAUUGUAAACCUAGAAAAUUCAGAGGGAGAGAGAAACAAACAGCCAGCCGCUACCACCUCCACCUUUACCAGCGUUGCCACCACCUUGAAUCAAAUUGUCCUCACGUUGUUUCUGUUCCGAACGUACUCAAAUAAAGACAUCUUUGGAAGAUGACAAACUUAAUUCGUGUUUUUGCUGGUUAGGGAGGUCAGCAUCCUCUUUGUGCCAGGACAGUUAGUUAGAGCUGCUAUCCUGGGGGCCAAAUGGUACCCCGAGUAUUCAUAUGAAGGAUGCCAGUUUUGUCCUAAGCUGACCUCUUCUCUCUCAUGAAUUUGAAUCCUUCUUCUUUCUUUCUCUUCAACCAUCAAAUGACAGUAAGCUGUGCGGGACACUUCUGUAUUUUUUAAACCUUGCCUCAAGCCUCGUGGAGAAACGUGGAUUUGGUGGGACGGGCACCCGAAGGCCAACUGACUGCAGACCCCAGUGGUGCCAUUCCGUUCCCACCCACGGCUCCCUCCCAUGCUUCUCACAACGUGGCUCCUACUGUCAGAUCACAUUUGGGGCGGGAAGGGUUGUUUUUUAAAAAACUUGUUUUUAUGAGCAGGAUAUCUUGAUCAAUAGCAAACUUUUUUUAAUGGAUUAGUGAAAUAAAUGUCCCCAUGCAUCAUUUAUAAAGUCUGUUUCUUUCACCGUGUGGAAUAAAGAUAAGACUGACAGCACUAGACAGUUUCUAUUAGCUGCUGAGCCCAUCGCUGCACCUCACUCAAGCUGGUAGUGAAUUUGCAACCAGCUAGUACUCUUCCUUGGUUUGUCUCCACUUUUUAUCUGUUGGUCGUUGGCUUUCUUUUCCAUUCUGUAUUUUCUAUCUGACUCUGUAUACUGUAUAAAGCAGUUUUUUCUUGUCUGUUUAUCUUUCUUCGACUGGAAUUUACAAUAAAACAGAAACAAACCCUGA